ACUUAUGUCAAAUGUCAAAACAAACACGAAGUUAGUUAAGUGUGUGUUAUCAUCAAGUGUUGUGUUAUGAUGGCUCUUCGGUCAGUGAUUUCGUCUAAAAUCCCGAUGGUGAUUAUAUUAGGUGCCACAGGAACGGGGAAAACGAAGCUGAGUAUCGAAUUAGCCCAAAGGUUUGAAACGGAAAUAAUCAGUGCAGAUUCUAUGCAGAUAUACAAAGGGCUUGAUAUAGUGACUGCAAAGGCUUCGCUCACAGAGAGGGAGCUGGUCACCCAUCACCUGCUCAAUAUAUUGGAGCCUCACCAGAACUUCACCGUCGUGGACUUCAGGAACAGGGCACUGGAAAUUAUUAACAAUUUGACAGCUCAAGAAAAAAUACCAAUUGUCGCCGGUGGCACGGUAUACUAUAUAGAAUCUAUUGUGUAUAAAAUAUUAGUUGAAGACAUGGACGACACAAACGCAUUGCUUUGGGAGAAAAGUAAACGUAAAAGAGAUUUCAAUGAUAUUGAUACUAAAGAAGAAUUCAAGAAGAAGGCUUUAGAUUGUGAAGAUCAUGAACAUGCUAAAUUUGAUUGUGCAGUGGUUAGAGAAAUGUAUGAUGAUAACGGUGGUUUGAAUAGGGAUAAGCUUUUAGAAGACAUUGAUAAUGAAGCACAGUUCACGAAUCAAGAAAUUCACGAUAGAUUGAGGGUUGUGGAUCCGGUUAUGGCGUCGCGUUUGCAUCCAAAUAACAGACGGAAAGUUCUGAGAUCGAUAGAAGUAUGGUUGAAGUCAGGUCGUCGGCACAGCGAGGUGCUGGAUGAACAGAAGACGAGCGAGGGUCUGCUGCGGAGACCUGGUGCUACCAUCAUAUUAUGGCUGACUUGUGAUAAGGAAGUUCACGAGGUGCGCCUAGAUUCCCGCGUUGAUGACAUGCUGCAGGCAGGUCUCAUCGAAGAAUUGCUCGCGUUCCACGAAGCACACAACAAGCACAGAAUCAAAGAUGGAACGCUUCCCGACUAUACUAAAGGCGUCUUCCAAACAUUAGGUUUUAAGGAGUUUCACGAAUAUCUUAUGAUGUCUGUUGAGGAAAAACAAAGUGAGGCGGGCAAGAAACUGCUGCAAGAAAGCAUAUUGAAUAUGAAAUUAGCAACCAAGCGAUUCGCAAGGAGACAAAACAAAAUGGUUCGGGGAAGAUUUCUAGAAAACUCUAGACGUGAGGUACCUCCAAUAUACCAACUCGACACUACAAACCUCGAUGAAUGGGACGAAGUUGUUAAAAACAAAGCUAUUCAUAUUAUAGAAGCCUUUAUGAAGAAUGAGACAUGCCAAUUUGAGCCUCUGAAGCCACAGUCGCAGCAAGACGAGGCCUCGAUAGACAGCCAUUCGUCUAACUUUUGUGAAGUCUGCAAGAGAUUGAUUGUAGGAGAUAAAGAGUAUGCCAUUCAUUUAUUAUCUAAUAGGCAUAAAAAAGUAUUAAAAAAACAUCUUUCAGGGAAAAUUCCUGAUAAAAAUGAGGGGACAGAUGUGUGAAUGAAGAACACAUGAUUAGUAAUCCCUACCUAAAAUAUAUUUUGAGUAUAAUUUAUAUUUGUUUA